UUGUUUUCUUUUCAUCUUUACCACUUUUAUUCUUUGUCAUUCUUCAUCUAUAUAGAGUGUAUUCACUCUCUUUAUUAGAGCAUGAAAAUAAGAACAUCUGGAAGAGUUGUUAUAAGUAUGAACAACAAGAUGAAAAAUGAGAUGAUGGAAAACGGAGAAGAAGAAGAUGAUGAAAGUUAUGGUGAGGGUAGUAGAAAGAAAAAGGCGUCGGGAAAGAGGGGUUCGGGCAGUGGAGGGACUAUACAUCCGUAUUGCCAAGUGGAAGGUUGCACUAUUGAUAUGACUAACUGCAAGACGUACCACCGGAGGCAUAAAGUUUGUGAGGUUCAUGCCAAGGCUCCAAUUGUUAUCACGGGUGGUUCUCAACAACGCUUCUGCCAGCAAUGCAGCAGGUUCCAUGACAUAACAGAAUUCGAUGAUACCAAAAGGAGUUGUCGUAGACGUUUGGCUGGACAUAAUGAGCGCAGGCGUAAAAGCUCCUAUGAAAAUUAUGGAGAAAGUUCCUGAUUAUAAGAAGGUUCUCAAUGUUAGUAGGAUGCGCCUCAACUAGCUAAAAAAUAAGAACCAUGACUAUAUUUGCUGGCGUGAUGCUCUCUCUCUUCUGUCAGUCCGUUAAUCUCAUUAUCUAGAAGUGUUGCUGAAUAAGUAAAUAUGAGGAACUUCAUUAGGAUAACUAAUUAAUGAAGUCUAAAUUGGAUAUAAGUAAUUAUGAAUAUGCAUGCAAGGACAAUAUUAAUGCUGAUAAGCAGCUGUUUAAUUAUUGUAUGAUAAUUGGGGAUGUAGUAAUUA